AAGUUCGAACGGCCAUCGAAAGUCGUCAUUUGUUUGUGCCGUCAGGAUUUUAAUGAAAACAUUAACUUCCAUCUACCACAAAUGCGAAAAUAGUCAACAAGAACUGGAAUAACAGAUGUGUGUGCUCCAGGGACUGCUGGCCAAAUAAAAGGCCGGUGCCUGGGCUCAACGAUCAACAGUUGCUCGCAGCACAACGCACUCAAUCAUCCAGUGAUUCUCCAAGAACAAUCCUCAAAACAACAACGACUCAGGAUGCGUCUGAUUCUUCUCGCACUCAUCGGCUUCCUCUGCCUGGCCUUCGUCCAUGGCCAAGAUUUCGUGGACGGCGACGAACGGGUGAAUCUCUUGGACGUGGCUGAUCAGGGAGCCGCCCAUGCCGUCAACGGUGAUCGCGAGGCCCGCGGCUAUGGUGGAGGUCACUACGGUGGUGGCGGUCACUACGGUGGAGGACGCGGAGGUCACUACGGUGGAGGGCGCGGAGGUCACUACGGACGUUAAAUCACGCAUCGACUCCACAAAUUGCAAUUUUGUAUAUACCCAUAAAUAAAAUUAUAUUUUUAAAUGAAA